AUGGCUACUACUACGUUUAGGAUCGGGGGUAUGACCUGUGGCGCUUGUACGUCAGCGGUAGAGAGUGGACUUGUGAAUUUAGAGGGAAUAAGUAAUGUGUCGGUGAGCCUUGUAAUGGAAAGGGCAGUCGUGUCGCAUAACCCAGAGAAAAUAUCCGCUGAAAAUUUAAAAGAUAUCAUCGAAGACAGAGGCUUUGAAGCAGAAAUAUUAGCAACUGAUUUUACGCCUGCCAAAACUGACAAUAAUCGGAUAGCUUCUACUUUCAGAAGCAUCGCCGUAGUGACUAAAAGCGUCUUUGCAGUAGAGGGUAUGACAUGUGGAGCAUGCACAUCAGCCAUUGAAAAUGGCUUCUUGGAGGUUCCUGGAAUUAUAAGCCUUAAUAUUUCCCUAUUAUCAGAAAGACUAGUGAUUGAGCAUGAUGCUUCACUGAUUAGUGCAAGAGAAAUAUCAGAAGUAAUCGAAGAAAGAGGAUUUGGGGCGACACUGUUAAAUACAACAAGCUCUGAAAUUUCGAAUACGCUCCCUGAUCUUAAUCCAUCAGAGAAUGGUAAUUUAGUUACUACUGUCUCCAUAGAAGGAAUGACUUGUGGUGCAUGCACGUCUGCUGUGGAAUCUGGCUUUCAAAACCUCGAUGGAAAAAUCAGCUUCAAUAUCAGUCUUCUAGCUGAGAGGGCAGUGAUCGUUCACAAUCCUAAGAAAUUAACGCCGGAACAGAUUGUUACGAUUAUUGAAGACAGGGGGUUCGAUGCCAAAAUUAUAUCAACCAAUUCAGCAAUUAACAACAAUUCUCUCAACUCUUACACUACUCAAUUCAAAGUCUUUGGUGUGAAAGAUGGCAGUGCAGCUAACUAUUUUGAGUCCAAUCUAAAAUCUAUUACCGGCAUCAGCUCCGCGAAAAUGAGUAUGGCAACACUUAGGCUCAUCGUAUCAUACAAUGCAGAAGUCAUUGGACUACGUGCAAUCGUCGAAGCUAUAGAGAUGCAAGGUUACAAUGCCAUAGUUGCGCACAACGAUGAUAAUAGUGCACAGUUAGAGUCUCUAGCUAAAACAAAAGAGAUAACUGAGUGGAGAAGAGCCUUCAAGACCUCACUUAGUUACGCUAUCCCGGUGUUUCUCAUCAGCAUGAUUAUUCCUAUGUUUUUUCCAGCCUUAGACUUCGGAUCUUAUUUACUAGUGCCUGGCAUUUAUCUUGGCGAUGUUAUUUGUUUGGUUUUAACGAUACCAGUUCAGUUUGGUAUCGGUAAACGGUUUUAUAAAUCUGCAUACAAGUCUAUGGUACAUUUUUCGCCUACUAUGGAUGUCCUUGUUGUCCUUGGAACGUCAGCAGCGUUUUUUUUCAGUGUCAUAGCUAUGGUAGUGUCUUUUCUCGCUCCACCCCACACCCGGCCGAAUACUAUAUUUGACACAAGUAGUAUGCUCAUAACUUUUAUCAGUUUGGGCCGAUUUUUAGAAAACAGAGCCAAGGGUCAGACGUCGAAAGCAUUAUCUCGGCUCAUGUCUCUAGCUCCAUCUAUGGCAACAAUAUACACAGACCCAAUAGCAGCUGAAAAGAUGGCAGAAGAUGGAGUCGUCUUUGACGCAAGUAGGCAUCUAAAUCUCGAAACAACUUCAAGUGGCACAUUGAACUUAGAAAAAUUAAUUCCGACUGAACUAGUUCAAGUUGGGGAUAUUGUCAUUUUAAGACCUGGCGAUAAGAUUCCAGCAGACGGAAUUGUUAUUCAUGGUGAAACAUACGUUGACGAAAGUAUGAUUACUGGAGAAGCAAUGCCUGUACAGAAGAGGAAAAAGGGCCUCCUAAUUGGCGGUACAGUUAAUGGCACUGGUAGAGUUGACUUCCGUGUUACAAGAACUGGUACAGAUACUCAACUUAGUCAAAUUGUCAAAUUAGUCCAGGAUGCGCAGACAACUAGAGCCCCAAUUCAACGCCUAGCAGACACAAUUGCCGGAUAUUUUGUUCCAGCGAUUCUUUUCUUAGGCUUAACUACAUUCAUAACAUGGAUGAUACUCAGUCACGCUCUAUCUAAUCCUCCGACUAUUUUUGUAGAGGAAAGAAGUGGUGGUAAAUUUAUGGUCUGCGUUAACCUCUGCAUAUCUGUUAUUGUAUUUGCGUGUCCUUGUGCUCUUGGACUUGCAACACCAACAGCUGUAAUGGUAGGAACUGGUGUCGGUGCCGAAAAUGGAAUUCUUGUUAAGGGUGGCGCCGCUUUAGAGACAACAACCAAAAUAACCAAGGUAGUACUCGAUAAGACUGGAACCCUCACGCUAGGCAAGAUGACAGUCUGUAGUACCAAUCUUAUGCCAAAAUGGCAGGUUACGGAGGAGCGCAGAGACCUUUGGUGGAAUAUACUCGGCCUUGCCGAGAUGGGUAGCGAGCACCCUAUCGGUAAAGCUGUACUUGCCGCUGCCAAAGAGAAAAUAUGUCGGAGUAACGACGAUAUAAUUGAUGGCUCAGUCAACGAAUUUGAAGCUGUUGUUGGUCAGGGUAUAAGUGCCCUAGUUGAGCCAGCUAAAGCAAUUGAUGGAAAUCGACACCGUAUACUAAUUGGAAACGUCAGUUUUCUCCGAGCCAACAAUAUUAUUGUGCCUGGGGAUGCUAUCAAUCUAUCCGAAGAAUCGAAUGUAAAGGCAUCUAAGUCUAUCAAGGCGACAUCAGCUGGAACAACAAACAUUUACACGGCUAUAGAUGGAGAAUAUAGCGGCCAUCUAUGUCUGGCUGAUACUGUCAAGCAAAGUGCCGCAGCAUGUAUUACUGCCCUACAUCUUAUGGGUAUCAAAACGGCAAUUAUCACAGGCGAUCAGAAAUCCACAGCUCUAGCUGUCGCGAGAAUAGUCGGAAUACCACCGCAUCAUGUUCAUGCUGGUAUGACACCAGGUCAGAAACAAGAAAUUAUCCAAAGGUUUCAACGGGAAGGAGAAUGUAUUGCUAUGGUUGGAGAUGGUAUUAACGAUUCCCCCGCGCUGGCAACCGCUGAUGUUGGCAUUGCCAUGUCUUCGGGGACAGACGUCGCCAUGGAGGCUGCUGAUAUUGUAUUAAUGCGCUCUAACGAUCUUAUGAGUAUUCCAACUUCCAUACAGCUUGCAAGGUCUAUAUUUAGCCGAAUAAAGCUAAACCUAAGUUGGGCUUGUGGAUACAACCUCAUCGGGCUGCCAUUUGCUAUGGGAAUCUUCUUACCUUUUGGUUUACAUUUACACCCAAUGGCAGCUGGUGCUGCUAUGGCAACUAGUAGUGUAAGCGUCGUGGUCAGUAGCUUGCUGCUAAAGUUCUGGAAAAGGCCUCGGUGGAUGGACAACUUAGUUCUGGAAGAAAAACAGAGUGAAACGAAAAAAGAGAGGUGGCAUGUGACAAAUAUUUGGGGUCGUAUGCAAAAUCUAACCCGACCUUUAAUGAGAAGGCACAAGGACGAAAUAGAUGGCUAUCUCCCCUUGAGGACUUUCGAACCAGUCUAA